CAGCGAGGGGUGGGGAUUCAGCCAGCAUGCCGAGGCAGCUACACAGUGGCAAGAGGGCUCUCAGGAAUGCAAGGAUGUUGGGACCUCUCAGACCAGGAAACGGGCAGAACCUGGUCUCUAGUGCCCCUUGAGCAAGUAUCUCCCUCUCUGGGGCAGGUGGUAACCAGUCUGCUCUGAAAUGCCAUCUCCUUGGGGCUCACCCAGCCAGUGCACCAAGGGAGCCGAUGGCUCUAGCUGGAGGCUUCUGGGAUGAAGCUCGGCGCCUGGAGACAGCAUUGCCUGUAACAGCACCACUGCCCCCUUUGUGUUUUGCAGGUGGGCAGCAUGAUGAGUGAGAACACAUCAGUGAGCCCCGCGGGGGCAUUACCCCCCUGCAGCAGAUGCUGGCAUCUGGGACUGGGGCCCUCUUCACAUCUCUCUUUGUGACUCCCCUGGAUGUGGUGAAGAUCCGACUGCAGGCACAGAGGACGCCUUUCUCUAAAGGGAAAUGCUUUGUGUACUGCAAUGGGCUCAUGGACCACUUGUACGUGUGCCAGAACGGGAGCAGCUGCACUGCCUGGUACAAGGGCCCCACCCGCUUCACCGGCACCCUGGAUGCCUUUGUGAAGAUCACGCGUUACGAGGGCAUUCGGUCUCUGUGGAGCGGCCUGCCACCCACCUUGGUGAUGGCAGUGCCUGCCACGGUGAUCUAUUUCACCAGCUACGACCAGCUGCGAGAUUAUCUGCGCUGCCGGAUGGGCAGCCAAGGGGCCCAUGUUCCCCUGGUGGCUGGUGCCCUCGCCAGGCUGGGUGCGGUGACGGUGAUCAGCCCCUUGGAACUCAUCCGGACCAAGAUGCAGUCCCGGCCGUUGAGCUACCGUGAGCUGCGGGUCUGCAUCCAGUCUUCGGUGGCCCAGGACGGCUGGCUGUCCCUCUGGAGGGGCUGGGGACCCACUGUGCUGCGGGACGUUCCCUUCUCAGCUCUCUACUGGUAUAACUACGAGCUGGUGAAGGAAUGGCUCUGCCGUCAGUCUCGGCUCGACGAAGCCCGUUUGGUCAGCUUCGCAGCUGGGGCCGUCUCGGGGACUGUGGCUGCUGUGCUGACGCUGCCCAUUCGAUGUGUGAAGACCCAGCGACAGAUUGAGCUGGGGGACCUGGAGACGCUCCGAGUGGCUGCCCCCAAGUGCUCAUCCACCUGGCUGCUGCUGAGGAGGAUCCGAGCGGAGUCUGGCACCCGUGGGCUCUUUGCAGGCUUCCUGCCCCGCGUCAUCAGUGGCCCGGCCUGCGCCAUCAUGAUUAGCACCUACGAGUUCGGCAAGACCUUCUUCCAGAAGCUGAACCAGGAGCGACGGCCUCAGCAGCCUUGAGCGCCAGGGCGGGCAAAGCCCCCACAGCAGAGCCUCCAAACUCACCACGCUGUGGGCCAGGGCCUGACUGGUGGGGGAGUUCUCGGGAGGUAGCACGUGGGAGGUGACUGCAGAGAUCGGUGCCGGGAUUCAGCUGCCAAAGCCAGGGUCUUGCAUUUCAUCCAGCCUCCUCUCUGGGCGGGGGGGCAGCGGCGGUUCUGCCCCUGUGCCGCUCCGCUCCUGCUGAGAUCCCCUGGGAACAGACCUCCCUGCUAGCAACAGCUUCUUCCCCGAUGUGCCCUGGGCCGGGAUAUGCAACGUCCAAGUGCCUUCUAGUCUCGCGCUCUCCUUGUGUUUCCAUGGGUUUUCCUUCUGCCUCCCGGGGGGCGAGCUAGAGAGGCUGUGUCAGAGCAGCAUGGGCACCAUGGUGCUUCUCAGUGGGAAGGGUCAGGCCCCUGUUUGCCUUUGAAGACAUCUCACCUCCACCCUCCCUUCCCAGCUGGCACAUUCAUGGUUUGCACUGUUUGGAGGCUGCCUGCUGGGGCGGUGGGGGGUAGGUGCUCUCCAGCCUGUGAAGAGCUCCCCAGCGGUAGGUGCCCUGCUCCUGGCAUCUGGCUGCGCUGCUGUAGUGGGAGUGACUGAGUUGUCCUCUGGUGAACGCAAAGGGCCCCCUCCCUGCCCAGCCUGGGGGGGGAGCAGGACACCCUGGCAUUCCAUCUGAGGGGAUCCCCUGCAUGAAUUGACUGCCUCCCAGGCCACGUCCUGCCAUGGACCAAGAGCCUUUCUCUUCCGAAGACUUAGAGCGCCUGGAGCACAAAGAGCAACAGACCCUCCUGCUCGGAGUCUCUCCACAUCUCUUCCUGCUGGUGGCUGGGUUUAGCCCUGGGAUUGGGUCUUAACCCCCCUCAUGCCCUCUCCGCACACCCUGUUCCCCUAGCCCUCAUCCUGCAAGGCAGCGAUACAAAGGACCGUUGUACCUCGGACUCCAGGCCAGUCCCCCUUAGGUAGCACCAUCGCUUCUUCCACUCAGGCCUUCCACUUUCCUAUCUGCCCCUGGAAGGCAGAGCUCUGGGGCUCAGCCCCCCAGGUGGCCCAUGCUCACAUAAGACACCUUGCUGCUGGUAAUGGACACCAUCCCCUGGGCCCCACCUCCUCCCUGCUCUUGACAAAGGUGUGAAAUCUCAGGGGCAGAGAUUCCAUGCCAAAGUGCCCCUAUCCUUGAGUAGCUCUCUUAGGGUCAGUAGCCGGACAAGUAGCUGUCCUCCUUCAGGGGUGUUACCGACAGGCCUGCUGGCUGGUUGCAGGAGUGGGGAUUUGGUCCAACUUCCUUCAAUAAAAGACAUUUUAUGUGAAA